AUGACCCUGAAGAAUAUCACUUGGAUUGAUGGAGCCCCAGAUGAAUUUAUUCUUUUGGGUAUUACUGACCGCUGGGACCUACGUGUGGCACUCUUCCUGGUAUUUCUACCCAUCUAUCUCCUGAGCUUGCUGGGAAACAUGGGCAUGGUAUUGUUGAUAAAUGUGGAUACCAGACUCCACACCCCUAUGUAUUUUUUCCUGGCCAACCUCUCACUACUAGAUGCCUGCUACUCCUCAGCCAUUGGCCCUAAGAUGCUCAUAGAUCUGUUACUGUCACAUGCCACCAUUCCCUAUGCUGCCUGCGCAAUUCAGAUGUUUGUUUUUGCAGGAUUAGCAGAUGCUGAGUGCUGUCUCUUGGCAGCUAUGGCUUAUGAUCGCUAUGUGGCCAUUGGGAACCCACUCCUCUACACAACAGCCAUGUCUCGACGCCUGUGCCUCUUGCUCCUGGCAGCUUCAGGAUUGGGUGGUGCAUUGAGUGCCUUUGUUCACACAACAUUCACUUUCCGCCUGCAUUUUUGUCAUUCCCGUGAAGUCAAUAGUUUCUUCUGUGAUAUCCCACCACUGCUAGCCAUUUCCUGUGAUGACACUUCUCUUAAUGAGCUGCUGCUUUUUGCUGUCUGUGGUUUCAUCCAGACAGCUACAGUAUUAGCCAUUGCUGUGUCCUAUGCCUUUAUUCUUGUUGCUGUGAUUCGUAUGAAUUCUGCUGAAGGGAGAAGGAGAGCAGCCUCCACCUGUGGCUCUCAUCUUACUGCUGUGGCUAUGCUCUAUGGCACACUCAUCUUCAUGUACCUUCGACCUAGCUCUAGUUAUGCCCUUGACACUGACAAGAUGGCUUCUGUCUUCUAUACACUUGUUAUUCCUGCCCUCAACCCACUUAUCUACAGUCUACGCAACAAGGAGGUUAAGGAGGCCCUUCAAAGGACAUGGAACCGAUUCUGUUUCCCACACCAAAGGCAUCAAUGAAGACACCAGAAGUCUGGGAUGUGGGGGGAAUAUCACAAAGAAAUAAGGGAAAGGGUUCUUUCACUUAACCAUUACCAUAUUUUAAAAUGGCUAAAUAUCCAGAGAGAAUGCAGAAAUCUUGUUGCCCUAAAGACAGAGAAGGAAUUUGGUAGAUUUGGGAUUAGAGUUAUGUCUGGGCUAGAAUUACAGCACUUUGGAACUGGAAAGGAUCUUAAAAGUACAUAGAACUUUGGAACUCAAGGAUAUCUUAGAAUACAGUACUAGAAAGGACCCUAAAAAUAAUCUAGCCCAAUCCCUCAAUUUAAAAGUUUAUUGAUUUCUUUUUUUUUUUUUUGCUGUUUUGUGUUUAAGAAGAAAAAAAAACCUUUACCUUCUGUCUUGGAAUCAAUAUUAAGUAUUGAUUCCAAGGUAGAAGAAGGUAAGGGCUAGGCAUUUGUA